AUGCCCCGCGCCACGAGUGAGUCUGCGCGACAAAAAGGGCAGAAGAACCCGAAUCGGUGCAAGCCCAAAUCGAAAGGAGGCUGUCAGAAAUGCAAGGAACGGCGGCGUAGGUGCGAUGAAACUAGACCUAGUUGUCGAGAGUGCUUGAGAAAGGGCUUUGUAUGCCCUGGAUAUCAGAAAAAGCCUCUAGAAUGGCGAUAUGUUUUUCAGGAUGGAGAAGACCAAGUUGAAAACCAGGAGCAAAUCCAAUCUAACUCGCCAUCAGCUGCGGAGUCAUCAGAAUCGCUUAUUGCUCUAGCACAAGACACUUGCGAGAGCAUACAAGGCGAGGCAGAAGCUACCCACAGCAAGCACCUACAGGAGCUUUGGGACGAGGCGAGCUCAACGAUCUUGGAUCAACUUCCAGACAUUGAUGCGUCCAUGGAUCUCCGAUCCAAGCCAGACUUCAGAUUAAACGAUAUCACUGUUUUCAAGACGACGUCACAAUCAGAUAGCCUGGCAAGUCUGCAUCGCCGACUGGCUAAUACAGCGAUACCCGCUUUUCUGAUCCACAUGCCAGCCAUUUUAGUCCAAUACUAUUUUGACUUCGUCUGCAAAGCCUGGUCAUCGUUUGACUCACCCUUGAAUCCCUUCCGGCUCAUUGUCAGCCGUCUUUGGAGUCAAAAUGCGGCAAUCUACUAUGCUAUCCAGAGCAUGGCUGCGGCCUCGCUUGCAAAUGACUUUCCGAGUAUGAGAGCAAUUGGAAUUCAGACACAACAACAAGCAAUUGCGUGUCUUCGAAACAAUCCUCGCAUAGGCUCGCUGCAUCGAGAUGAUCAAGAUGAUGAGUUUUUCUUGGCUCUUCUAAUGAUCGGCUUGACAACAGCCUGGCACAACGCCUCGGACUUGGGGUUGGAAUAUCUGAAAGAGGCGAAGGACUACCUCGUGAGCCAACAACAAACGUGUCAGAAUCCCGAAUCUACUUUUGCGAAACAAUACCCUCUAUUCCAGCAAUGUCUGCUUUAUUGGAAUAUGAUGGCCGCUUUUGUGGCGGAGGAUUCGCUGCUUCUGAGUGAAGAGAAGGUCCUGGAAAGACCUGACACAGAGAUGUCGGUAUACUUGGUUGAUGGUCAAGCCCUUCCCCAUCCAUGGACAGGACCACUUUCUAAAUCAAUCAGUCUCUUUUACCAAACUGCAAAAUUGAUUCGAGCGGCCCGGAUCUCCUAUCGCACACGCGACGAAGAUCUAGAUCUAGCAAAUAUUGACUUGGAUUUUCUUGUCGAAGAGAUCCACCAACAUGGAACAGCCGAGCGGCUCGAAGAGGAGAUUCUGUUUACGGGUAUUUCUUCUUACUGUGGGCCGGUCGAUAUCGGGGACACAGACACGCCCCCAACCCACUUCAUUACUCUAGCAGAAGCAUAUCGCUGCACGGCUCUACUUCAAAUCUACCAUGUCUUCCCCGACAUCCUAGAUGAGCGUCUUCGACGCGAAAAGUCCUCUGAACAAGAACCUUCCGUUCUCUUCUCUCUUCUCUUUGGGGCUGAUUCCACAAUACCCUCGGUGGAAGAAGCACGUCGAGUACUGGCUAUCCAUAUCGUAUCGCUUCUUGAUCAAAUACCUCCCACGUCCGGGACUAGAUGUAUGCAUCCCGUAGUUCUUACUUGCAUUUCGAGCGAUCUUGUGUUUUCGAAUCAGUCUCUUUUCGGUCCCGCGGCGAACGCUAUUGCUUGUUUAAGCGCCUUAGACGUGGAAAUUGCUCAGGCUCGGCGAAAGGUUAGCAUGUGGUUUUCGGAACUUACCUUGAUUCUUCCAAAAUUGCGGUUGCAACGCAUGUCUCGCAUUGUGCACGAGACUUGGAGUAAAGCGGAUGCUGGAGUUAGUGAAUAUUGGCUGGACAUAAUGCUUGAACAUAACCUUGAGACCAUGAUGGGAUAA